GUCGGGACUGUCGACGAUCUCGAGGACGGUGGAUGAUUUUGCGAACGCGGAAUCGGAGAUCACCAGCGAAUCGGAAGCCAGAAACUGCGCUCACAGAGUCUUCAAGAACGUCGCCAAGCCUGCUGCCAGAUACAUUGAAGAGGAAGAUCUACUAAGAUUCUUAAAGGUAGAAGAAGUGAAUACCAUUUUCCCUCUGUUUGAGGGCGCCAUUGAAACAGGAAAAAUUUCCAAAUCCGCCUUCAGAAACUGGGUGGUCCAUGCCUACAUCGAGCGGAAGGCACUAGCGCACUCUCUGAACGACACCAAGACCGCCGUCCAGCAGCUCCACAAGCUGGCCAGCGCUGUCAUCAUCGUCGUCAUCAUUGUCAUCUCUCUUCUCGUCCUCGGCGUCGCCACCACCAAGGUCAUUGUCGUUGUCACCUCGCAGCUACUCCUUGUUGGAUUCAUGUUCCAAAACACCUGCAAAACGAUCUUCGAGUCGAUCAUUUUCGUCUUCGUUAUGCAUCCCUUCGACGUUGGCGAUCGGUGCGUCAUCGAUGGAGUCCAUAUGUUUGUUGAAGAGAUGAACAUUUUGUCGACGGUGUUCUUGCGAUUCGACAAUGAGAAGAUUUACUAUCCAAACUCUGUUCUGCUGACGAAGCCAAUCAGCAAUUUCAGAAGAAGUCCCGACAUGUCGGAUACGGUGGAUUUCGCCAUUGACGUUUCCACUUCUUUUGACAGCAUCACUGCCCUCAGGAAGGCCAUUCAAAUAUACAUAGAGAGCAAACCAAAGCAUUGGAGCCCAAAGCACUCAUUGGUAGUGAAGGAGAUUGAGAAUGUGGACAGGAUGAAGAUGAGUCUGUGUGUGCAGCACACCAUGAACCAUCAAAACUUCCCGGAAAGAAACAACAGAAGAUCAGACCUCAUUUUCGAGCUCAAAAGGGUUUUCGAGAAUCUCGGCAUCAAAUACCAUCUCCUCCCUCAAGAAGUCGUUGUUACUCACUUCAAUUUCACUAACGGGAGAGUGGCGAUCCCAUCCCCGUGAAAUUACUUUUCGCAGCCUAAGAGAGAGAUUACGAAAUGGGCAUUUCGACAUUCAUGCAUCUGAAAGUUCUCGAUGUGACAAUCACGUCGCGGCAGUCACAUUGAAUAAUGAAGAUAUCUUCGUGUCGUCCACAAAUCAUUGGGUUAGAUUUUACAUGGUAUGUGAAAAGCGGGUAUUUGGAGUGCUAUUAAUAUUGUUGUUAUAAUUAUUAAUUUUUGUUAGCUGUAUCUCCUCGCUCUUUCUUCUAGUUAUUAUUGUUAUUAUUAUGCACACAUUUUAGGAUUUGAUUAAAAAUAGGAAGAAGAAAAAAUGAAAAUAUGUAAAAUUCCACUCCAGAAAGUGGAUUCAAUAUCAAGGAAAUUGCUCCGGAGGUGUUGGGAUUAGAAUGUCUUGCACAUCUCUA